UCUCUGCGACAGAAUUAUUCAACCGGCAUGAGAAGAAACUAGUUACGAUGCCCAUCACGACUGACACCAAUGCCAGAAUGCAGAUGAUUAAAAUGUCGAUUUCAGCAACUAGUACCAACCAACCAAACACCAGCAUGGCGUUCGUAGCUAUACGGACUGGAUUCUCCACCGACAUACUCUCAACCCUAGAUGAGAUGGUCCCUGGAUCAAAUACUGACCUCAGCCACACCGAAGACACUCCGAGUUACGAAUUCAUAACAAAAGAGAUAAACACUGAUCAGUACUACCAUCUUGGUCUAGCAUUGGGUUUGUCCUACCAGACACUUGACAGCAUCCAGUUCAGAAGCAGACACCAUGAGGAGGCUGGGGUUAAUACCUUAAACCCAAACGCUGCUGUCUCCAUGAUCCGCUAUUGGAAAUGCUUGCUGCAUUCCGUUUCCCUAGCAGACGAUCAUCUAAGAGAAGUGUGGAUGUCCGUGAUCGAUUCAGGAGAUUUGACCCCUGUUCUAGAACAAGGACGAAGAGCGGAAAAACCUGAAACAGAUAGUAAAGACGUCUUCGAAGAAGAGGUCCUUCGUGAAGAAUCAAGGACCGCCCCGACAGUAGGCCUUCAUGCUUUGGGGUCGGAGAUCACUCAAGGACAAUGGGGAGGGAGAGUUUAUGAAGGCCGAACCAGAACGCCUAGUAUUAGAAGUGACUCCGUAAGCAGUUUGAGCACAGUGCUAGACGAUGAGUAUCAGGUUUCGUUACAUGGCGAAGAGGUGGGAUACAUCACAAGAAGAGAGCCCAGAAGGACCAAUCGCCCUGAUGGAAGCAGAACUCAUGGAGAUUAUUUGGGGUUCAGGCAACAAAAUAUCCCCGAAGACCACGAUUACCAAGAUUGGCAGUUGGCUAUGUCAGCAAGUAAAACAAACACCCAACAAGAAGCAGAUUCCUCCGAACAAGCGAUCACUUCACCAGGCAUUGAAACAAGAUCUGAGUUGGAAUUUCCGCCAAUUUGCCAGAAAGGUGACGAUUCAACUGAUGAAGAUGAACAAUUGCAAGUACUCCACACUCUGUCUUCAGACAAAUACCACUCUGAAGGGAUCUUUGACCAAACUGGAGGAGAGCUACUGAUUCCGUCAUACGGACUCACCCUUUCCGUCCCUCCCGGUGCACUGCCAGAGGGUUCCAGUGAAACGAUAACUUUAGACGUUCUCACAGACAUCCCACCUGAAAUCACUCUGAGAGACGACGAGACAGUUGUAACAUAUGGUUUCCAGUGUCUUCCGUCAGGAUUACAGUUUGAAUCAGCAAAACCUGUCAGAUUAAAGAUGCCCCAUUGUGCCAACCUCAUUGAUCCGACAAAAGUACAGGUCGUUGUGUACUCCUUGAAUCACGGUAAAGCAAAAGCCUAA